UGGAGGUCCAUGGGGGUGGUUCAUGGGUACUACUCUGGAGGUCCAUGGGGGUGGUUCAUCCACCCUCCAUGCGGGGUUAUGGUGCUUCAUUCCUGGGUACAUGAGCUCCAUGAUGUGCCCUGGUUCUCUGGAGGUCCAAGUACUUAAGCUCCAUGAGUCCCCCUGGUUCUCUGGAGGUCCAAGGGGUCUGUAUCCCAACCUCCAUGCGGGGUUAUGGUGCUCCAUUCCUGGGUACUUGAGCUCCAUGAGUCCCCCUGGUUGUCUGGAGGUCCAAGUACUUAAGCUCCAUGAGUCCCCCUGGUUCUCUGGAGGUCCAAGGGGUCUGUCUCCCAACCUCCCUGCGGGCUUAUGGUGCUUCAUUCCUGGGUACAUGAGCUCCAUGAUGUGCCCUGGUUGUCUGGAGGUCCAAGUACUUAAGCUCCAUGAGUCCCCCUGGUUGUCUGGAGGUCCAGGGGCUGUUUCAUCCAGCCUCCAUGCGGGGUUAUGGUGCUCCAUUCCUGGGUACAUGAGCUCCAUGAUGUGCCCUGGUUCUCUGGAGGUCCAAGUACUUGAGCUCCAUGAGUCCCCCUGGUUCUCUGGAGGUCCAGGGGCUGUUUCAUCCAGCCUCCAUGCGGGGUUAUGGUGCUCCAUUCCUGGGUACUUGAGCUCCAUGAGUCCCCCUGGUUCUCUGGAGGUCCAGGGGGUCUGUCUCCCACCCUCCAUGCGGGGUUAUGGUGCUUCAUUCCUGGGUACUUGAGCUCCAUGAGUCCCCCUGGUUCUCUGGAGGUCCAUGGGGGUGGUUCAACUGCCCUCCAUCCGGGCUUUCAGUGCCCUAGCCCUGGGUAAAUGAGCUCCAUGAGUCCCCCCUGGUUGUCUGGAGGUCCAGGGGGUCUGUCUCCCACCCUCCAUGCGGGGUUAUGGUGCUUCAUUCCUGGGUACUUGAGCUCCAUGAGUCCCCCUGGUUCUCUGGAGGUCCAUGGGGGUGGUUCAACUGCCCUCCAUCCGGGCUUUCAGUGCCCUAGCCCUGGGUAAAUGAGCUCCAUGAGUCCCCCCUGGUUGUCUGGAGGUCCAGGGGGUCUGUCUCCCACCCUCCAUGCGGGGUUAUGGUGCUCCAUUCCUGGGUAAAUGAGCUCCAUGAGUCCCCCCUGGUUGUCUGGAGGUCCAAGGUGUCUGUCUCCCAACCUCCAUGCGGGGUUAUGGUGCUCCACUCCUUGGCAAAGCCCCCCCAGAGCAGGGGGGCAUCAGAGGAGGUUGUGCCUGGUUUCAUUUAUUCUUCCAAGUGUGUGUGAUGACCCGAGCUCACCUUUGGCCCAAUAAAUGCACGGGACCCCCCCUUAAAGCCCCCGUGAAUGUCGGUUCCCAUAUGGCAUCAAUGCAAUUGAAAAUGAUACCCGGAUGGCAAGUCCUGCAGCUCUGCGUCCCAAGCUGGUAUCGAACCAGGCUCUGCCGGGUGGGAGGCAAGCUUCUUAACCAUUGUGCCACGGGGGAGUGAAGGUCAGUCCGCCCAAACGGCACGGUAUUUGUGGUUCGACUGCCGCCCCGGAAAGGCAGAAGGAAAUCUCUGCUGAGAAAAGGCACCGACAAUGCACCAAUCACUUAACUGCUAUUUGGGCAUACUCCUUUAUGAUACCCAUUUGGCAAGCCCCAUGUUCCCGAAUACCCAGGUGGCAAGCCCCCAUUGACAUAAACACCCAGGUGGCAAGCCCCAUGUUCACGAAUACCCAGGUGGCAAGCCCCCAUUGACAUAAACACCCAAGUGGCAACCCCCCAUGUUCACGAAUACCCAGGUGGCAAGCCCCCAUUGACAUAAACACCCAAGUGGCAACCCUCCAUGUUCAGGAAUACCCAGGUGGCAAGCCCCCAUUGUCAUAAACACCCAAUUGGCAAGCCCAAAUGGAGUGAAAUGUGACAAAGUGUCAGUUGUAUGGGUAAAAAUACCCAAGUGGCAACACCCCCAUUGAUGGAAUACCCAUGUGGCAAGUUCGGGUCUAAUACCCAAGUGGCAGUUUUCCCCAUUGACAGAAACACCGAGAUGGCAACGAUGCCAUCUGGUGGCAGAAACACGUUAUUACAGCGAAUGUUGCCACGAGGGAGCAAAAACCAUGAUUUUUGUGAAAAGUUUGUCCUGUUUGGGGGUCUCUGACGGGGAGACCGGGGGUCUUAAAAAUCGGUAGGGGGGGUCAUAGGGGUAACAAGGGAUAACCGGAUUUUUAGAGAUUGACCCCGUAACCCUACGACCUAGGGUUAGCCCUCCAGAAUUUUUAGAAAAAGGCCCUUUUUUCCUCCCAAAUGUACACUUUUUUGGCCCUGGCCCUAAAUAGG